GACCAUUAUUAUUUUGGAAACAUGGCUGCGUACUUGGGGUGAAAACAGCAACGACUCAAGAUAGCAAUACUGUCUGUUUCAGCUUUAAAGGAUGUGAGACAAAGGACAUUUGCAUCAUGGUUCCCUUUCAUGAAAAGAACUGACAAUGAGUCAGUCUCUGUCUCGUGGGCCUGGGAGAGGGCGUGGCUCCCUGAAGUCACGCUUGCCUCCCAUUCACAUGCUUGGGAAGCAUACUCCAGUGGAUGAAGAUGAGCCCCCUGAUGUUCCUAUUCAGGCGUUCGGUUUUGAUACUGAUGGGGAAAAUUCCUUUUCCUCUGCCUUCGAAACAACUUUCGAUGCUACUGAUGCUGACGAUGCUGCAAAAUUUUUGCGGAAAACUUUCAACAUAUUGCAGCCUGGACAUCAUGCUUGCAAAAGAGUACCUGAAAUGGAUGGUGGCUAUUUUAACCAUUGUCCCAGGGGUGUGCCUCUAGGACAGCAAUAUUCAAGACUCCGAAAAUUAAUGGAAGAGCGAGCCCAGUUGGAACUGCUCAAAGACUGUCUCUCCAGAGUAAGAUCUGCGCAGAUGUUUGUGGAAGAACUUGAAGGUUUGGUACAUAUGGAGUGCCGUACAGUGUAUGCCAUCAGACAUGGCUGUGGUCCAUCAGAAACUCCAGUGACAAAACUGUACUGCUUGAAUGCACUGUGUGAAGACCUGCGUCUUCAUGUUGCACACUGGAACAGCAUCAAGCAGAGGAUGAACACCAAUCGCUGGCUGCAGCCUCGUUUAGGGCAGCUCUGUCUCCAGCUUCAGUACAUAAUGCAAGUGCUGAUGUCAGCUGUACUACGUGCUGUGUGGAACCUGGACCAGCUAAUACACAUUGGCUUUGAAGUGUUUGCACACUGCAAUAUGGAGACACUCACCCCAGAGAUCAUGUGGAAUAUCACACGAGGACUGGAAGAUUUCAACGUUGUUGUCAACGGACUCAAGCUGAAUUUCCAGCUGGAGAAAUCUCAUUCUUUUGCCUACUCCCCUUUCUCCUUUGUCCACAAUGUACAUCCCGCGCUUCUUAACUCGUCAUUCAGAAAGCCAUUGAGAGUCAUACCUUUUACCAAAGUACUCAACAUUCUGGCCAAUGAGAAAUCCCGCUAUGCUGCCAAACUCACCCAUCACUUUUUCACCGCGAAUGAACACUUUGUACGUAUGCUGAGCACAGGCACAAUGCCUCCAUUUGAGUGGGGUGACUAUUUGCCUCACCAGCACCAGCCGCACUCACAAGCGAUCCAUAGCGACACUUCUGACUACCACACUUUUUCUGGUAGCAAUGCAAGCCUCAAUGCAACUUUCCUCCAAGUCGGCUCGGUCAGAGCCCCUGAUUUGUCUAACCUGGGCUCUCCUCUCAUAGAGUUUUCUCAGAAAGAACAAGAGUUUGCUGAAAAUUUCCUUCUAAUUGUUUGCAAUUCAACGUCUUUGUUACGUAAAAAUGAGCCCCAGAAGACUCAUCGCUCUAGGCCUUCAAAUAAAAACUCGGACUUGAAAACUCCCCUGAGCCCAGUGGUGGGAAGACCACCCCGGGUGCAAUUCCAAGGUGAGACUCCUGUCAUGACGCGCACAGAUUCCCAUCACCGUAAGACAGUGUCCUGGGGCGACAACGCUGACAACACAAUUCGCAGUGCUGUGGUGGCGCACUACAUGGACUCCCUCUGGACUCACCUAGGCUCGAACCUAGAUCUUUUCUUGGAUGAACCGGCAUGGAGCAACAGGUCCUGUCUGCUCCAGUCAAAGAUGGGAUCUGUACUACUGUUCAACGACACUGUUACCGCUGUACUCAGGAAUAUCAUUGAACAUGUGUGUUACAAGGAUUUAUUUCCACCUACCUCUGUCCAGCCUCUGCUUGGUGUUGUCUUCCGGCUACAUGCAUUGUCAGCCUAUGGGGCGUGGGAUGCUUUUUUGAGUACUAGCCUGGCCUCAGAGCCAUCAGACAAGUGCCAGCCACGUCCCCUUAGUGGGGAGGCCUUCAGCACACGCACUGGUCAGUAUCUACGUGACUUGUUCAAACCCUUGAUGAGUAUCCUGCAGGACAUCUCCCAGUCACUGUCUAAGGAUCAGGAGGAUGUUGUCCAGCGUGCCGACGUUGAUCUGGGAGUGUAUGCAGGGGUCACAUGGAGAAUGCUGACCACCUGCAGAGUAGCCCAGUCAUGGUGCAGCACCAAAGUGCAACAGUCGCUGUCUUCUUGGAAUGUGAACCAGUUCUUACUGCUUACCCACACUGAUCUCAAAAUCCUAGUUGACUCUACCAAGAAUGCUUCCUACCUGCUGCAAAGUCUCAAGUUUAGCUCCGAGGGGCUGAGCUCGCGUGUUUGUGACAACCUGUCAGCCUGUCAGGUCACAGGCUUGCUGCAGCAGAUCAGUCAAACUAACAGUCAGAUGCAGAGUCUGAGUGGAAGUACUACGAAGACCUUUGUCGACAAAUACUCUGCCUAUGUUACUGCCUUCUUCCAAGAAAACAUGCUUCCUUCUCGAAUGUGGAAAAGAAAGAUACCCCCUGAUGACCAGGCUGAGGCCAACCAGUACACUGUGGACAUUCUGGACAACCUGCUAUCUCCUGUGGUGCGAGGCAUCAACUACCUGUCUGCCGCCUCACAGAUCAGCAUCAUCUCCAUGGUGACGGUCAGCCUAUGCAAUGCUUGGAUCGCCUGCAUCCUCAAAGAAAAGAUCAGGUUCAGCUUAUGGGGUGCUGUUCAGCUAGGCAUUGACUUCAGCCAUGUACACACCAAGCUGGGGGCCAUGCUGGAGAACGAGGAGGUGAGGCAGAGCAUCACAGACCUAGCCAUCUUCCAACAGAUGAGGGGCAUCGUCAUCUUACUCAAGCGACAGCCCUCACAGAAACAGCCGGUCAAAUUGAUGGACUCUAUAAUGUGUGACACUGCUGCCUCUGUCCCCUCGCCAGAGCCUGGCUCUACAAUCAACUCAACCACCAGCCCCUCUGUGGCAACGACAAGUGCAAUAACAUUGGGCAAUGGGGCCCACAAGUCGCAGCGAGCGCUGAACCACCCUCAGCUGUCACAGGAGGAAGAGAUAGAUGUGGCCACGGUACCCAACAUGCAGGAGUGGCUGGCCCUGAGGGCCAUCGGUGGAUCGAAGCAGUGGAAGUUUCCGGCUUGUUUUUCCAGAAGUUCCAGUGAUGAAUGAUUGUUGGGUAGCGUGAGUUGAAGAAAAAAGUAGACUAUGUGAUCUGCACUAUUUUUUUAAUGUUUAUGUUCAGUUAAAAUGAUAAAAAAUACUGAGCAUACAUUCAUUCUGCACUAUUUAUGUAUUUGUGAGGUGUUUCGGACAUUAGUGGAGAAUUCUCCAAGGUGCUGAAAAUCUGUCUUCUUUUGGGCCAAAUAACGCGUGCACAUGGGAGAGAAGAUAGCUUGGGAUGUUGGUCCUCAGCCUAUUGCUCCAAAAGAGGAGUGUGAUGAGGUAUGGUAUGAGGGGCAAAGGAAUGCAUCUUCUUUGUCCUUGAAUAUAAAUGUAUCGUAGGUUUUUCAGGCAACAGAGGACAGUCUUUACAGAUUUUUUUUUUCUUAUGAGGGAGGGGGGGGCUGAUGGAACAAUUUUCCUCUUGUGUCCGAAACUCCUCAUAUUCUAGUCUAAAUGUGUUAAUUGAACAAAUGUGGCAAAGAACAAAAAAUGUGUUACACUACACAGAUAUUUAAUUUACUUUCAUCUUAAUAAAUCCCCAAGUCUAUGACUUGUCAGUAAGUUGUUAUGGAUCUGAACUGAUAAUGAAUUCCUUUUCUGUUUUCAUACCUGGAUUCAAACAGGUGACUAAAAUCCAUGCUUAUUGUUAGUGGUGUGAUGAGCAAUAAUUGAAUUUCCUGGAAUUUACGUGUCUGUCAAAAAUUACGCAUAUUCACUUGACUUUUUGUCUUUGAUUGAAGUAUGAUGUUGACACAGGCAAAUUAUCCUCUUUUAACCGUAGUGCCCCUGAAUAUUGUAACUGGUUAGGAAUUAUCGAGUGGUUUGGUUUUAGCCUUGCAUGUAUGCGUGUAUACUCCCUUGUUGUCUUGCGAGUCCUGUACCAAUAUCUGUGAAUCACCAGAUGGGCCUUUGUGUGGGAUUAGCUUACUCUUACACUGAGCAAACUGAUAAGGCUGUGAUUAGUUGCAUUUUGUAAUUCCAAUUAUAUGCACUGUUGGAACCUCUGUGCUGGAAUCACGGAUUCCAUCACAAUACCAUCUUAUACCAUAUCUCCCUGUAGUGAUGAUACUAAUAUUUUAAUAUUUAUUACCUAUGUCAUGUUUGGGGGUUUUGGUGAGAGUGGGGGGGAGGGUGUUGUUGUAAUUUUUUCUUUUCCCUCCAUUAGCAACCCCUUACUGCAGUUAAUGCAGUUUCCAAUUGCUGAUCUGUUGUUUUAGCUUGCUUUGAAAUUUUUUGACAAGUGUUGAUUUUAUUACAUUUGUGAUUGCUGACUCUCUUAAAUUGGAUCUGAUCGGUAUAAACGUUGUACUUCUUUAUAUUUUAUUUGAUCUCAUUUAUUUGUACAUUCAGUUUACAAGUUUUCAAAAGAAUGUUUUUAGUUGUUAAUUUUAUUCUUAAGGAGAGACACUUCUGAGACAACAGGUCUCUUUAAUGGAUAGUUGACACUUCUAAGAUAGCCUUAUAGAUUCUUCAAAACUUCAAUCCCAUUUGGUUGCUGCACAGGGGCAACUGAGGUCUGAGACCUGCAAAAUAAGAUAAUGAUCAUGUUUAUCAAAUUGCUUUAACCGUUAGCAUAAUAUCAUGCAAAAUUGCUGUGAGUAUUCCUAACAACGUAUACUAGCCAACCACGUAUGGAUUUUUAAUCAUUUUAGUUACUUAAGUUUUGUCAGGUACAUGAGUUGAAAAAUUUAUUACCACGAAAUAUCCUGUUCCAUUUUUUAAAAAGUAUUCUUGAUAAAAACCGCUCACAAGCACAAUUUUUAUUCUCUAGACAAAUCUUUAUCACAUUAUGAACACCAAGCCUGUAAUAAGGGGCUUGCAAAGUUUUAAAGAAAUGAAAAAAAA